AGCAGGAAACGGUAAACUCUGGAAACGGACAAAGACAAACCCCAUAUGGCGAAUAUCCCGCUGGAUUGGAGAUACCAAAAGGCCAGCGAACACACCAGCACCUUUCAAUUCACCACAGCUGAUCUCCCUGACUCAGUGACUCGCUCCCCUGACAUCCCGAGUCAAUUCAGCCACCAAGCAAAACAAACCAUGUCAGCUCUCGGUUCUCUCAAUCUCUUCUCUGACUCGGUAACGAUGAACGGAAUCCACAAAAUUAAACCAUUUCCCAGAAAUAAUCUCUCUCAUACUCCCCCCAAUGUCGCUCCUCGGAUUCCCAUUGUCUCAAAUUCUUGCCCACCACACAGCAGUUCUUCACUCUCUUUCCUUGCUCCUGUGGAAGCAAUACUAUUUGAUAUUGAUGGAACUUUAUGUGAUUCAGAUCCUAUCCAUUACCAUGCCUUCCGUGAAAUGCUUCAAGAGAUUGGUUUCAAUGGAGGAGCUCCCAUAACUGAGGAAUUCUUCAUUCAAAGGAUUAGUGGCAAACAUAAUGAGCAACUCUGUGAAGUCCUCUUGCCCGACUGGGAUUUCCCUAGAGCCAUGAAAUUUAUGUACAAUAAGGAAGCAUUCUUCCGUAGGUUAGCAGCAGAAAACCUUCAACCUAUGAACGGUCUCAACAAGUUAUGCAAAUGGAUUGAAGAUCGUGGCUUGAAACGAGCUGCAGUGACUAACGCUCCUAAACCAAAUGCCGAGCUCUUGCUCUCAAUGCUAUGCCUUGAGGAUUACUUCAAAACUCUUGUCCUUGCGGAGGAAUGUGACAGAGUCAAACCGUUCCCAGAUCCCUACUUGAAGGCUCUUGUUACACUUGGAGUAUCCAAUAAGCACACGUUCGUCUUUGAGGACUCCGUUUCUGGAAUAAAAGCUGGGGUAGGAGCUGGGAUGCCUGUAGUCGGAUUAGCUACGAGGAACCCUGAGGAAUUACUGUUAGAAGCUGGUGCUAUUUUCGUUAUCAAGGAUUUCGAUGAUCCUAAAUUGUGGAGUGCUUUGGAAGAGUUGGAAAAAUAAGGCAAAGAUAACACCAGGUACCUCUUGAAGCAAUAAUAGCUUCACAUUGCUGUAUUUGACUAUUUUCAGCUGUGAUUUACUGAUUAUCCAUUCCAAAGCCACAAAUAGAAAGCCAAUCCAAAAAAUUUUAAGUUUGGAACCCUUUAAAACCAAGAAAUUGAUUUUUGCCAAUAUUGUAUAUAUCAAUGGGGGCUUUGCAGGGAACUGGUGUGUUAACCACUAAAGGGGUUCGAUGUCUCUACAUAUAUUCAAAUUUCGGACCUUCUCCUUGCAAAGCAAGAGGUACAAACCAGAUGAGCCAAGAGCCACAUGUAACCGAGAAAUUGAUUACAGUACUUGCAGUGAUGUAGCAUCAGGGCAUGUUUGGUUAUUCUUUCUUAUUUGAUUUUUCUGUGUGCGAAUUUAGUCUCAGAAUAUAACUAAAUAAUCAAUGACAACCAAACAGGCCUUCUAAUGCUGCCAAGCUUUAUCACUUGAUUUGCCGACAUUACAAGAUGACAUUUUGUGAAUCCACUAAAGUUCAUGGCAAUUCCAGUUGCAUUCAAGUGCUGUGGGAAACUCAGCCUUGCAGUCUUUCGAGAAACCAUAAUAUACCAUGUUAAAAGUUGCUAAUUCUUUAAGUCUGGUUGGCUAUAUGUUGAGAGAGAGAGAGAGAGAGAGGAAACUAGAAUUAACUCGUAUACAAGAACUCAAGAAGCAGUAGAUAUAAAAAAAUUUACAAGGAAUAGAUAUAAAUGGAGUCGCUGCAGCAAAUCACCAGUACCCAAAAACCCCACCCCAAAUUCGCGGAAACAAAACAAAGAA